UAUUUAUACGAUAAGCAGGAGGAGUGCAUCUUCACUCAGUCCAUGGUCCGUAAUCAAACAUGGCCGCCCCCAUUCGCUGUAAACUGAAGAGCAUUUUAUCAUCUCGGCAUGCUGAUAAAUUUUCAAUUUUGAAGCUACAUCGCUGGUGUUCUAAUUUAAGUAAUUCUGAUCUUGUUGUUGUUACUAAGCAGAAAAAACUUCAUUUAAUUGGUAUUAAUCGUCCGGAUAAGCGUAAUUGCAUCAAUGACGAGGCUGCAUUGCAACUUAGAAAUGCGUUUGAAAAUUUUGAAAAUGAUGACGACGCGUAUGCUGCAGUGUUAUAUGGAAAAGGGGGAAAUUUCUGUGCCGGUUAUGACUUAAACCAAGUUGCAACAGGAAAUUUUUAUGGUAUCCAGAGUGAACAUGGACCAAUGGGUCCUACAAAAAAAUUACUUAAAAAGCCUGUAGUUGCUGCAAUAAAUGGCUAUGCUGUUGCUGGUGGAUUUGAGUUAGCAUUGUGGUGUGAUCUUCGAGUUGUAGAAGAAACUGCUGUCAUGGGAUUUUUUAAUAGGAGGUUUGGUGUUCCUGUUGUAAAUGGAUCAACGGCUAGGCUUCCACAUUUGAUAGGAUUAUCUCGUGCUCUUGACUUGAUACUUACGGGACGUGGCAUCAAUGCAAGAGAGGCAUUUGAAAUGGGUCUGGCUACAAAAAUUACUGCUUGUGGAACAGGUAUUGGAAACGCAAUCAGUCUUGCAAAUAGUCUGUGUAAGUUUCCUCAGGAAUGUUUGAGAGCUGAUAGACUUUCAGCAUACCAUGCAAUGUAUGAUUCUCCAUCUUUAAAAGAAGCAUUGCAGUUUGAACAUGAGAAUUCGCUGCAUGUCUUAUCAAAAGAAUCAGUUCAAGGCGCUGGAAAAUUUAUGCAAGGUAUAGGGAGGCAUGGAAAAUUUCAUCUAGAUGCACAUGAGAAAGAAGAGUUUUGAAUGACUUGUGCAGUAGUUUGUUAAACAAUACAUUUGUAAUUAAUUUAUUUAAAUUAAGUUACAAGUUUAAUUAAAAUAAAAUUUGUUUAAUUAAACUUGCCUGAUGUUCAAAGAAUCAACAGUUUUAUAUAGACUUGUAAUAUUAAAUAA